UGGUUGCCUGAGGACAGGGUUGGGCUUUCAGGCAUCUCUACAUCAACACCAGGAUGAACCUCCCUCUUCAUCAUACGUCCAUGCCAUUGGAGAUAUACCCGGCAAAGACAUUAGAGCACUGUCGCCAAAUUAAUGGGCUCUUAGGUCCGGACCAUCUUCAUCAGUUGGCCCAUCCCCAAUAAUGGAACCCCCAACGAUACUCCAGGGAUGUCCUUUAGCUCCAAAUAUUUCCUCGAUUGUUGGAAACAACGACGUCCUUCGGCCUUCCAAAGAGCAGGAGAAUAUUGCGCUGGAAAAGAGUCGAGCAUACUGGUACCACAUCGCAUCAAUCGCUCAUGCCUAUCUAGACCAUGGUUUGGCACCCGAAUUUAUAGAUCCCCACCACGCCCUUUACAAAGUCCCAAGGUUCCAAAGCCCUCUGAAAUCACAGGAGGCACGCCCUUUUGGCAAUACACCGAUUUGGGCGCUUUGCUCCCUCGCAACCUCGAAUUGGAGACUAAGCUCGGAUUGUGAUGCGGUAAAAAAGGAAAGGGCGAGACUUGCCGUGGUGCAAAUCGGCACGAGUAGGACCAUUCCGUACAGCUUCUAUGGGAAGGUCUUCAGCGAUUGGAUCGGUACGACGAUGGAGAAGAAAACUGGUCCUAAUUAUCUCGGGAUCCUUGCGAUUGGGUGGUGCUAUAUACUCUCUGCUCAACUUCUUGAAAUGCAAGGAGGUAGUGCUGUCAUGCAUUAUACAAACUCUCUUGCUGAUUGUUUGGGCGAAAGUUCUUCGAGCCCAUCAGAGGAGGCCCAUUAUAUCGACGUGGGGGCAGCAGAUGACCGAAUCGCUCGCUGGUGGUCUGCGAUAUUGGCAAAACGCGAAGGGUGGAAAGCCAUCGUGAAGAAUGAGCCUGAUGAAUUUGUCGCCCCUUGGUCAGUAUCUCGCACGUGUGAAACUUCUUUCAUCAUAAAACGAAGCGACUCACAACAUGGGGAACAAACACCUCUAUCCUCGGAUGAGGCCUUCGAUGCUCUUCUUAAAUUCGCGCAUUCGCAUGACGUCGGAAGUCAGUUCUCUAUCGCUCUUACGAUAGCCAUGUCCCUCCCAAUGCAUCGAUAUUAUGGCACGGACGUCAAACUGCCGCCACCAAGAGCACACGGCAGUAAACUCCUAACAACAACUCACCUGGAUGUUCCACCGACGUGGAUGCAACUGAAAACAGAGAUGCCUUACUACAUGACUCUGAGUUGUAGUCCAGAAGUGAUGAUAUCAACGCUGUGUGGAUCAUUCUGGCAACCGCAAGUCCCAUGCAAUAUGGCCAGUCAAUGGUUACACCCAGUUCUUGAAGAGGUUUUAGGCGAAGUUGCAGAUACCAAAUCCCAAGAAGUUCUUGCUUUGAUUGGUGCCAUUCGCCGGCCCAGUGUGGGAGCGCUCUGGAUUGGAGCAGCGGUGAGCGGUAUAGGCCCUAAGCUUGUUGAAAGGGUAAGUGGAAACAUGCAACCCCUUGACUUAAACGUCUUUCCGUGGACCGGCGCCCCUCAAAGUUUUAUGGAUGGUGCAGGCAUAGGCCCGUAUACCUGGGGGGACCCUGAAUACAUCUCGAGAACUGACAUAUGGCGGUUACUAAACCUCUCUCCGACCGAAGAAAACGAUUGGGCCUAUGAGAAUAGACCGAUGACACCCUGGGAACCUUGCGGGGCGUGCUUAAUAGCAAAUUGUGCGCUUCGUGUCACGUCGCAUUUGAAAUGCGCUCGGCACGAGUACCGUUAUGAUCAUUGGAGUUGGGAAUUGGAGAACGGCGAGACCAUACACGAUUAUGGGUUUUUGAACGCGUAUCCAUCGCUUUUGACCGCAGAGCUGUCCAAUAUCCCAGACAGCAGGACAAUCAGUCAUUCAUUCGAGAAGAAGGAGCUUGACCCCAAGCGAACGGCUUCUGAGGAAGCAUCUGUCGGUAUUUUCCUAUGGUUCAUUGUCGGUGGAGAAGGUAUACCGCCCGAGAAGAUAUAUCAAGAUGACUUGCUUCGGGAGGUAUGGGAAGAUGUACUAGGCGAUGGCAGCGGUUUGGCUUGUGAAACUCAUCACGGGAAGUCGCCUGAAUCUGGUCUCAGAAACAUGGAUCGCUUGGAGACUUGGCUAGACACCAGUGGCUGACCCCAGCCGGUUCGGAUUGGAUGGGUUCCAAGGAGGAUAGCGAGUCAGAGUUGGCCAACCUUACUUUGCGUAGCCUUCAGAUAGACCGAUGGAUUUCCUUUCGCUCUUUAGUCUGAUUUGCCGAAUCAACUGCACUGGAGCCCAUGGCGAUUGGUAACUUCGCGACCCG